CCCAGCAUCCACCGCUAGGCGUUCCUUCCGGUUUGUCCGCCAUUAAAGAAAACAUGGCUAUCAGGUAUCCUAUGGCCGUGGGCCUUAGUAAAGGCCACCCAGUAACCAAGAAUGUGACAGCACCGAAACAUGCUCGUAGGCGAGGGCGUCUGACCAAGCACAGCAAGUUUGUGCGUGACAUGAUCCGUGAGGUGUGCGGCUUCGCCCCCUACGAGAGACGCGCCAUGGAGUUGCUGAAAGUUUCCAAGGACAAGCGUGCCCUCAAGUUCAUCAAGAAGAGGAUUGGAACUCACAUCCGCGCCAAGAGAAAGAGGGAAGAGCUCAGCAAUGUUCUGGCUGCCAUGAGGAAAGCCGCUGCCAAGAAGGAUUAAGCGGUUCUUGCAAAUAAAUAUUUGUAUUUUUAAAAAAAUGGAGAGUUGUCAGCUCCUUCCUUGUUUCUCAUUUUAGAAUGACUAAGUGGUACUAUGCUUAGCAAUGGACUUGAACUACUUAUCUCAAUUUAUCUUUGAGCAUAUAUAUGCCUUGUAGGCUGCAUGUCUUCAAGUUUCUAGGGUGAGAUGCCUGCAGACAUUAGACCUGGAGUGGAGCUCUUCAGAUGUCUUUGGGGCACGUCUGUGUCUAAAUAAGACAUUAACUUUAUUUGAAAUCCGAGUGUCUAAUCAUCUGGGUAGUGUACUUUCUAAGGCCUGUUUGGUGGAGUGCUGCAGAGAUGGUUGUACUUCUGGAAGGUUCUCACAUCUCCACAGUGGAGCUCUGCCAGAGUGACCAUCGGGUUCUUGGUCACCUCCCUGACCAAGGCCCUUCUCACCUGAUUGCUCAGUUUGGCCAAGCGGCCAGCUCUAGAAAGAGUCUUUGUGGUUCCUAACAUCUUCCAUAUAAGAAUGGAGGCCACUGUGUUAUUGGGGACCUUCAAUGUGGCAGAAAUGUUGGUAACCUUCCCCAGAUCUGUGCCUCGGCACAAUCCUGUCUCGGAGCUCUACGGACAAUUCCUUCGACCUCAUGGCUUGGUUUUUGCUCUGACAUGCACUGUCAACUGUGGGUCCUUAUAUAGACAGGUGUAUGCCUGUCCAAUCAAUUAAAUUUACCCCAGGUGGAUUACAAUCAAGUUGUACAAACAUCUCAAGGAUGAUCAAUGGAAACCGGAUGCACCUGAGCUCAAUUUCAAGUCUCAUUGGAAAGGGUCUGAAUACUUAUGUAAAUAAACUUUUCGCUUUGUCAUUA